ACUCCCUCUCUCAAGCCUCUCCCCUCCCUGCUCUCUAUUGUCCUCGAUUCCCAAAUUUCUUUUAGGUUGUAAGACACAUUUUAUCUACUCAUUGAUUGGGGAUGGAGUAAAAACAACUGUAUCCAUGGGCCUUUCUUUCCAGAUCACUCUAGUGUUCCUCACAGCAUCUCUUUGCUGCACUAAUCAUUUCCAUGAUGUCUGCUAUUUUCCCUUACCUCCGUUUCUAUAGAACUAAAUAACAUCCAUGAUAAUCACUGCAUGUAAAGAAAGACCUAAUCAUCUCCAUCAUGUCUGGUUUUUUCCCCUUGUGGAGGAAGAAAGUGGUGGCAAAUGUCACGUCACGCUUCGUGUGGUGUAUGUGGGGAAUUAGGCAGAUGUCUGGAAGCACUCAAAAACCCAGAGAACAAAGAAAAGCAUAUUCGGACUUGUUCUCUUUCGAAGCUAUACGGAUCAACCCAAAAUGUUGUUGUUUUAGGGAACAUAAUCGUACUUUUAAGAUUCGGAUUUUUCUGGUCUUAAACAUAUGAGUUUUACAUGUUCGCUCUCAACGCUCCCACUGGAAGUCUUUUUAAGCGCACAAGCCAGUGAAGCCACCGGUGAUCACAAUAAAACUGUAAGAAAAGUCUCUAGGAGCCAUUUCCCAGGCUGGAGCGUUUUGGGGAUUGCGAGGUAAGAGCUCUGCUUUGCCGCUCGCUUGGAAGCUGUUUCUGAGCAAUGGACUUGUUGGAGGAAAAGGUGACCAAGCGAGAAGGUUCGGUUUUGAAUUUGGUUUUCAAAUAUAAAUAUUGUGGGUUGAAGUCUCAGCAUCUUAAAGCUAGUUCAUGCGGUUCUACAGAUUAAAUUUGGAGAUACUGUCAAGCGUACAAAAACUUAUUUCAUUGGUGGGAGCGUACACCUUUAUAACAUGGAUGAUUUGAGGAAAGAGAUCCGUGAUUUAUUUAAUUUUCCUGCUGAUGCCGACUUUAUCUUGACAUAUGUUGACGAAGAUGGUGAUGUGAUAACACUUUUUGAUAAUAAGGAUCUGUCUGACGCGUUGACACAGCGCAUGAAAGUAUUGAAAAUCAAUGUGCAACUGAGCAAUAACAAAGGUUUUAGCUCCUAUGCUCAAUCUGGUGGAAGUAUUUCUACCCAACUUCUUACUUCUCUUCAAACCCAGCAUCCAUGUCCGAAGAUCAUCAAAACCGGUGUUGUUACUCAGGUUUCAAAAUCUGUGCUGCAACAGCUCCGGGAAGCGCUUCUGCUACAUGAAGCACUUUCAAAGAUUUCGGAGGAUAUAGUUUCUAAAGCUGUCUCUGAUCCAGUUCUUGUUGAGCUUGUUGAUUUCAUAUCAAAGAUGGCACAGUCCCACCUCAAUCUGGAUUCACAAGCUCAUUCUGGUACAAAUUCAACUACGCAGCAUGUGGAUGGCGAGGAGGAAGAGAAUGAUUAAAUUGAAGGCCCUUUACCAUGUGGUAUAUAUGUAACUAUUACUAUUAUAAUUUAAUGCACUAUAUAUAUAUAGUAGAAACUUGUUGUUUGUAAUCUUUAUCUUAUGAUGUGGUAUUAACUCAUUGAGAAUAUUGUUAAA